UCUUCAUGAAUCGGAGUCCUCCUUCCUUCUGCAUGUUUUCAACAGAUGAGAUCUCCAGGUUCACAGAAGAAUUUUGGUGUGAUGACACUGCUAUUGACAGGACUCUUGCUAAUACCAUAGCUAGCAAUACACCGGAUGCACGAUCCAACCCGUUUGGAGCUAUAACAGCACUAUUACCUCCAAUGAUUUCCACUCCAUUAAAUAUCAUUGGAGGAUUCUUGGAAGGUUUGUUUGGCCUUUUUUCUGGACCAUCUGAACAGGAAAUUCCACAAGAUAAAACUCCACCAAUAUUGAGCUGUCCGUAUGUUCCGGACUUCACAAUUCCUCGAGGACAGACAACCGUCCGCGUGAACAUACCAAGGCCUACGUACUCAGAUAACCAAGAUGGAGCCGGGGAUUGCCAACUGACUGAAUCACCAACAUUGGAUGGCCAGAGGUUGUCGGCAGGAUCGUACGACGUAUCCUUUCAAGUUUAUGACAGCUCGGGGAAUCCAUCUGAUACAUGCACGAUACGAUUUGAAGUUAAAGGGAUUACCUGUAAGUCUAUUUCCUGGCCGUCCGACCUCGCCAGCAUUACAUGUACACCAAACGUAGCAGGGCCUCCUGUGUGGGGAACUAGAUGCCAGUACACCUGUCUGCCAGGGUACCAUAUUGUAGGAGGAAACACGCGUACAUGUGAGCAUGCCGGUGGAAGUACAGGGUGGUUACCUACUACAAGUGUCCAGUGUGAAGAGGACACCUGCGAUGUCAUUCUAGCGCCACCACAUGGCACUGUAACCUGCACUAAUGAGAACAAGUACCGCAGUAUCUGCCAAGUAGAGUGCGAUGUGGGGUAUCUUCCUGAAGACCCCAACAAAAUAUCAGCAGUAUGCCAAGCUGGUGGUGCAUGGGACCGGGGAAACCAGGACCGGGAAUACCCGUUGACCACAUGCAAAGACUUUCAACCGCCGGUUUUUGUCAGCUGCCCAGAAGAUGUCAUGGUCUUUGCAGAAAGAAACAAAGAAACGGCAGAAGCUUUCUGGGAGGAACCAAUCGCGAUGGAUAAAGUAGACAAUACCCUAGAAGUGCCUGCGACUGUCCUGCUUAGUGAAGGUAGUCCACCGGGAUCCACCUUCACUCGAGGACAACAUCUGAUCAAGUAUACUGCAACGGAUGUCUCCUCAAAUGAAGCAACGUGUUCUUUCAGCGUUAUUGUACAAGUUAUCACAUGCCCUCCUAUCAGAUACACAUUGAAAGCAGAGCUUUCCUGUCCAAAUGGGUAUGUAUACGGCUCAUCGUGCAGUUUUGGGUGUGAGACAGGCUACCCGGUGGUCGGACCCACUUCAUUUUCCUGUGAGAGAAACUACAGCAACAGUGAACCAGUAGGGUACUGGGAUUGGGGAUCAAGUGGAUCUCAACCUUUUUGUCAAAUUGUACCGUGCCCUACACUUCGACCACCGAACAAUGGAGCCCUGGCCUGUGACGGGUGGGCGUAUGGAACAUUCUGCCUAAUCCAGUGUAAUGAGAACUGGGACGUUCCUCUGGGCACUCCGGAAAGAUACGUGUGUGAAACCCUGUCGGGAACAUGGGAUCCUGACGAUGACGUUCCCGACUGUGCAUUGCCCCGAGAUCCGGACAGCAUGAACCUACCGUCAGAGCUGUAUUACUACUCAGGGGACUGCAGGGACCCGGAGACUCAAGUACAGAUUCAAGAGAACUUCAUCGCGAUUUUAAACAGUUCCGACUAUAGUGACAUAUGUCAACUGUUUGUAGAAUGCGCUGCUGAAAACGUGCAGGUAAUUUGUGGUAACGUCACUACGCGCUCAGGUCAGCCGUCGUUCCAACUGCAAGUCACGUUUGACUUAACUGUCAAAAUCAAACAACAAACAGACCAGCACGCUAGUUAUUUUGAGGUAGAAGAUACCCUUUUUGCAAUGGCAAAUAAGAUCGACGAACGGGUAAAGGGCGGUAACUUCUCCUUAGAUAACGUAACGGCCAUUGAUCUUGAAGUGCAGCCUGACUCUUUCGUUACCGACGAUUGGACGAAUCUUGUCUGCGGGCCAGGAUACAUGCCUAACUAUGACUCCUACAUGUGCGAGGGCUGUAUCAAGGGGAGUUAUCUUGACAAAGACUCGUGUAAGAAGUGUGAAACCGGGCUAUUCCAAGAUGAAGAUGGUCAAACUGCAUGCAAGCCCUGUCCUAGUAGUACAUGGACUGUCAAAAAAGGAAGUAGAGGAAUUGAACAAUGCUUGGGAAUCUGUCAACCCGGAUGGUACUCGGACACAGGACUGGAGCCGUGUGCACAAUGCGAGAUGGGCCAUUAUCAGUCGAUGACAGGCAAGAAAGAAUGUGGCAGAUGUCCCAGCGGACAAACAACAAUGAUUUUGGGUGCAAAGGCGAUGGAUGAGUGUGUAGGAAACGAUCUGGUCUUUAACACAUCUAGUCGUGUUCAACUGAAGGGAACUCCAUCGGAUCUACAGGGGUUAACUGUCUCCUUCUGGAUCCGUCCACAAGUUAAUACAUCGGAUGGGUCAAUUCUUUAUCUGCAGAGUGAAUCAAACACGCUGUUUGCUGUCAGGAAAUCGGAUAACCUAGAAUUGACUCUACCAAGCGCAUCGGUGUUUAGGACAGGGAUAUCUUUGAACGACGGCAAAUGGCAUAACUUUGUUGUCACCGCGCGUCCUAUGGAACAAGACUGCAAAGUGUACGUCGAUGGAGCCGAAUCCUGGUCUCAGCAACUGCCCAAUGACACAGCCACAGUCUUUCCAGCAAACAUGCAGAUCGUCAUUGGCAACAACGGUGGAGGUUCUUUUGCUGGUGACAUCACUGCCUUUGGUUUAUGGAAUGGAACUAAACCGGAGUCCACGCUUCUCCAGAUGUCCCAGAGCUGCUACUUUGAUGACUCAGACGCUAUUAUCACAUGGGCAGAUGUCUUGAAAAGCACCGGGGAGGAUAUAAAGCAGAGGAUACCAUCAACAUGUGACGAUCACAACGAUUGCAAUCCAUCCCCAUGCGGAGGUCAUGCCAUCGCUUGCCAAGAUCAGAUCGGGUCCUACAGAUGUGUUUGCGAGAUAGGGUUCACCGGUGUCCACUGUGAAGUCAACAUCAAUGACUGUCACGAUGGCUCAUGCAGAAACGGUGGAACAUGCGUGGACGGCAUUGCCAACUACACGUGUGUUUGUCCAGAUGGGUUCAAUGGGAAACUGUGUGAGAAAGGAAUCGUCAAUGGUGGAUGGGGCGAGUGGACAGACUGGACCCCUUGUAGUGCUACAUGUGGAAACGGCACACACCAGCGAUGGAGACAAUGCAACAACCCACCUCCUAAAGAGGACGGCAAAAACUGCGCUGGACCUUCUACGAAUAGUGGAACCUGCCGUAUUAUGGACUGUCCGUCUUGCCUAGAACUAAAACCACCAUCUGGCGUCAUAAUGGACUGUUACCGGAAUGACACAGAAGACAAGGAGUACUGCCAUAUUGACUGUGGCCCUGGGAUGGAGUUCUCCAAACCACCAUUACCACUGUAUACCUGCGGACCAGAGUCACAAUAUAAAUGGAAUCACCAAACCCAGAACAACCCUAAGGCAAUACUUCCAGCGUGCGCCCAUGGGCACAUCCCUAAGGCAUUUUCCCUUGACUACGAAAUGGAAUACCCGGAUCUGUACUGCACAUCUCCGGAGGAAAGUCAGCGCGUUGUGGAGGCCAUUAAGAACAAAGGAUCGCAGAAUGUUCAAGACGUAGACUGUGUCCGGAAAAAGACUUGCAAUGUCACGUUGGAGGUUCAUAACUGCGGAACUUAUGAGAAGAGCAUAUUGCCAGCAUCUCUGGGUCUAGAAAUCCGUGGAGAAGUUAGUGGUACGUUCGACGUCGAAAGCAUCGAUGAGAAUGGAAAUAUUACCAACGAAGGACUUGAGACAUUGAGCAAUCUGUCCGAGACCAUCGUAGACCUGGCUUCGGCAGCCGAGGAAAUCAAGAACAAAUCAACGUCCAAUGACUUCGCUGUGGUCAUUGAUGGUCAGAGUUUUGAGUUAGAUGCUAAUGGAAGCAAGCCAAGGCUCAUUCCGGAUUGCCAACCGGGGAUGAUUAUCCAAAGGAUGAUAUGUGUGUACUGCGCGCCUGGAACGUACUACCAAGAUAGGACGUGCGUAAGGUGCCCCAAAGGCACGUUCCAAGACCAGGAAGGACAGAUGUCUUGUGUGUCUUGCCCAGAAGGUUUUACAACGGCGGGAGUGGGGUCUAACAAUAACUCCGACUGCUACGAAGAACCAAUGACAACACAGGCUGAACAAUCUUCCACCAUGAUGACAGAUGGUAUAGAUUACUCUUCACCGAUCCUGUCAACGUUAAGUGCCUCGUCAUUAGUCCCUAAUGUCGCUGGAAACAUGGAGGAAAACAACGAUGGCUCUCUAAACAUCACGACUAUUGCCAUCGCUGUUGUUGUCUCCACAAUACUACUGACUGUCGCCAUUGGCGUUGGAGCAUUCUUGUGUAAGCGUAAACGGAAACGCAAGGCCAAGAUAGCAGCCGAGUCAAGCUUUGAACUAUACCGCCGCUCCAGUUCGAACACAAGUGACAACGAGUCCAAACCUCCCUUGACUCCUUUCUAAGCUGAACGAUAACAACUCACAAAAACGUCGCAAACGCAAAACGCUUAGUACAGGAAAUUCAAAAAAGGGUUUUGCUUCGGUGUAUUAAACAUUUUGUUUCUAAAUUUA